AUGGCCAAACUUGAGAAAUAUAGAAGAGAGAUCUGCCGCGACAUCAUACCAGUUGAUGCGCAAGUCCAUAUCCACGCCAGGUUCAGAAAGUAUACCUGGACACGAAUCAACUCUACUCUACUCCUCAUCAUCAUCGUCGUCGUCACCGUCACCGUCGUGCUGGGAGUGGGCUUGGGGCCUGAGGGCUUGGAGCUAGGCGCUGGGGGGGCGGAAGGCUUGGAGCUGGGUGCGGGAGGGGCAGAUGGCUUUGAGCUUGGAUGUGCCGGGGGAGAGACUGUCGGAACCGGAGGCAGAGAAGGCUUGGAGACGGUCGGGAUUGGAGGAAGCGAGGGCUUGGAUACAGUCGGGAUCGGAGGCAGCGAAGGCUUCGAGAUGCUUGCGGUGGGCUUUGGUUUCUCGUCUUCAGGCAGAGGAUUGCCAGCGGCAAUGCUGCUGGCGAGGAUCAGUCCUUGCUAUACGCGGUAG